UAUAGAUAAAGUUUACAAAAGAGAGCUAGUUACGAUCCUAGAUACUAGACGCAAACCAAUCAAUCUUUCUUACGAACAGUUGUAAAUCGAUUGGCUGUUUGGUUUUAUUUUUCACCGUAAAUUUCCCUUCGCGAGAAAAGUUGCGUCUAUGUAUUUUAUAUAUAUAUCUAUGAUCGUGUAUAUCCAUACUUGAAAAAAAUUAGCCACAUUUGCAUGUGUCGAUUGUCAUCUCUCGUUUAACGGUUGAAGAAUCUUGAAGAGGUUAGUUCUCUCAUUUAUCCAUUACGUAUCAAUUGAAAUGCAAUGAUCGACAGUCAUUUUUAUCGAAGCAGCUGCGACUCAUAUCUCGUGGCGCUGAUCGGGAGAUACGCGUAAUCGAAUAUAAUAUUGCAAGGAUUAUGACAAUUGCUGAUACAACAUGUAUCGACUAGGAAAAUAUCUUCGUUGAAAAUUCUGUAGAGGAAAUCAGAUCAGCGACGUCAUGAUCCGAACAAACAGGAAGAGAUAUCGCAACAUAGAGGAGGAAUCUAGCGAAUUUAUGCCAUUAAGCAAACGAAUCAACAAUCUUCAUAUCAAUAGUUUAUCAGGUCUACCAGAGAGUAGACCUGCCGGUGUGGUAGAGAGAGUGGAAAGCAUGGAAACCGAUUGGGAAAGUGGAAAUUUUAUGUCUUCUCCGAGCUGCUCUCAAAACUCAUCGCCCAGGGGCAGCUGUGGUUCUAGCCAAAGUAAUUUUACCAACGAUUACAGACCAGAUCUAGAUGCGACGGAGAAUCCUUUUUAUUAUGAGAGCAACAAGUUGCUCUUUUCCUUAUAUAUGGAGCGUAUGCAGCGAAGAUUGGACCUGUAUUGAUAAAUGCAUGCAUUACUUGCAUUAUAUCCUAUAAAAUAUCCUCUUGGCAUUUGA